AUGCCAAUUGACAGGAGGAAGCUCUGUGUGUUCGGGGCAGCAUUCGCCCUGAGACUCAUCCUAAUCUUGCUGUUCCCCGGUCUCCCAGACUUAUUAACUGGUCGUGUGGAAGUGUCUACUCCGAUUAGCAGCUUCAAGAGACUGCAGGAAGGCUUGUUCCUUUAUCUCCGCAAUGUUUCCCCAUACGACGGCGGGGUAUUUCACCAGGCCCCCAUAUUGCUACCACUGUUUGCUCUUAUACCGCGGUCUCAUGGGUACACUCUAUUGACAGUUGCGGUCUAUACUCUGCUGGAUCUGAUCAACGCCAAUGCGCUUAUUGAGAUAUCAAACUCUGGCGAGUCGGUUGCAUCGAGGCUCUUCACUUCUCCCCGGAAGCAAAUUAGAUGGGAUGGCAUUGCUAUCGUCAUUGGCUAUCUAUUCAACCCCUUCACAGUCGCGAUGUGCCUAGGACGGCCGACUACCGCUUUCACAAACACCGCCAUAAUAUACGCGAUAUCAAGUGCUAUCACCGGCAGAAGUAUUAACUCUAUGCUCGCGCUGGGCCUAGCAUCCUACCUCUCCGUUUAUCCCGCCCUCUUAUUCCCACCUUUGGUUCUACUCUGUUAUGAUCGUUAUAUCAACAGAGCCAAGUCGCGGAGCAGUUGUCUCCCGUAUGCGGCGUCACACUUUCUCGUCUUUGCAGGAGUUAUUGCAGGCUUGUUGAUAAUAUCGUAUGCAUUGACCGGCUAUUCCUGGGACUUUAUCUCUGCAACGUAUGGCGCCCAUAUACUAGUGCCAGACUUGACACCCAAUGCUGGUUUAUGGUGGUACUUCCUGAUUGAGAUAUUCGACCCGUUUCGUGAAUUUUUCCUGGGAGUAUUUUGGCUGCACCUUGCGAGCUAUAUGGGAGGUCUGACCAUUCGACUGAGACGCCAACCGCUUUUCGUCAUAACCUGCCUUCUUGGUAUUUUCGCUAUCUUCAAGCCGUAUCCCAGCAUCUCGGACGUUUCGAUAUAUCUAUCGUUCCUAUCUCUGUACCGACAUGUAUUCCCACUGAUGCGCUAUACCUUCUUCUCUGUCUCUGCGUUGCUCUAUGCCAGUCUCCUCGGCCCGAUAUUUUAUCAUCUGUGGAUAUACGCAGGUUCAGGUAACGCAAACUUCUUUUAUGCCAUCACACUCGUAUGGAGCCUCGGGCUAUCAAUUCUUGUUGCAGACUCUUUGUUCGCCGUUCUUAGGGACGAGUGGGAGGAAGAACGGCCAGAAGUAAGAGGGAAAGAGGCAAGGCAGAUAUAA